GGUUUAUUUCACGUCACGUGCUCAAUGUAUGAAAACAUGGCCGCCGUAAACAAAUAUGCCAGAUGAUCGUUAAAAUAAAGUCAUUUUAUAUCACUAAAUACAUAAAAUGGAAAAUAAAAUACGCCAUGGAUAACUGAGGAGAUAUUUUCGUGUUGCUUUUAACCUACUUUUAAUAAAUCUGCUCUUUUAAUCGAAGAGUUUUUAACCGCAAAAUAUCUGCUUACCGUACCCAAUUUUCGUUUCCAAAAUAUUUGUGUAGAAACGAAUUAUUCGUUAGUGAGGAAAAAACAAAGUGGUAGAAGAUGGCAGAAGAACACGAUAUAAUAGGCAGCGCAUCAGAAUUCAUUAAAGACCGGUUGUACUUUGCCACAUUACGAACGAGACCACGGUCAUCUGCACACACACAUUAUUUCUUCAUUGAUGAGGAACUAGUCUAUGAAAACUUCUAUGCAGACUUUGGUCCAUUGAAUCUGUCCAUGCUGUACCGCUACUGCUGUAAAUUGAACAAAAAGUUAAAGUCAUUUUCACUCGCGAAGAAAAGGAUAGUGCAUUACACAAGCUUCGAUGCAAGAAAACGAGCCAAUGCAGCCCUUCUUAUAGCCAGUUAUGCAAUUAUUUAUUUAAAGAAGACUCCAGAAGAGGCCUACCGACCGUUGGUUGCUGGCUCAAACCCUCCAUUCCUCCCGUUUAGGGAUGCGUCUUUUGGUGCUUGCACAUAUAACCUCACAUUGUUGGACUGUUUACAUGGUCUAAAUAAAGCAUUAGCAAAUGGGUUUUUCAACUUUGAAACGUUUGAUGUGGAUGAGUAUGAACAUUACGAGCGGGUAGAAAAUGGGGAUCUGAACUGGAUAAUACCCGAAAAGUUUCUAGCAUUUAGUGGACCCCAUCCACGCAGCAAAAUUGAGAAUGGUUACCCUUUACACGCCCCAGAAGCCUAUUUCCCAUAUUUCCGCAAACACAAUGUGACCAGCAUAGUGCGGUUAAACAAGAAGAUCUACGAUGCCCGCCGGUUCAUGGACGCGGGUUUUGACCACUUCGAUCUCUUCUUCAUCGAUGGCAGCGUGCCCAGUGACACUAUCGUGAGGCAGUUCCUGGAACUCUCCGAAAAUGCUGAGGGAGGCAUUGCUGUUCACUGUAAAGCUGGUCUAGGCCGGACGGGCACGUUGAUAGCCUGCUACAUGAUGAAGCACUACAAGUUCACUGCGGCCGAGUCGAUAGCGUGGUGCAGGAUCUGUCGCCCGGGCUCCAUCAUCGGCCCACAGCAGAACUUCUUAGAGGAGAAGCAGGCUUGGCUGUGGAUGCAGGGUGACCUACACAGGGCCAAAGUGAAGGUAGGAGAUCCGGAGAAUGACAAGAAGCGAGAGCGUCACAACAGCGUGUCCAAGCUGCUGUCUGGCGUGGAUGACAUGCGCAUACAGGACGCUCUAGACGCAGGCUUCGGCAAUGCCUGGAGUAACGAAGACGACAGAAUCUACACUGGUCCUGUAACCAGAGGAACCAGAAUUGAAACCCAGGGAGACAAACUGAACCAGCUAAAGUUGCUCAGGGGAAAGCACUCUAGAUCAGCCACCAGUGGUGCUGUAGGGUCGGAGGAGCACAAAGGUCACAAACGCUCGACCACCCAGCCUCUCCGCUCCACGUCUAAAAGUGCGCAUGGGUCCGUUAUGUCCUCCCUGAAAGCCAGUAAAGUUAGUUCCUCGCUAACUAACAACCAUAAUUCAAAUUCUGGGGCCACUAAACGCAGCACGAGACACUCUGGAUCCUCCCCGAGUGCAAAAAGAAAGCAUACACACAAUUAUAGUUUGAGGAACACCAAGGGUGUCUCGCCUAGUUUGAGUCAUACCGACCUCAAAUAUGGGCAGGGCAUAGCAGGGUAUAGCAGCAUGGAUUACAAAUCAUCCUCGUCCCUCUAUGAUAGAAACGAUUAUACGACGGGCACAUGGCCAAACAAAUAUCAGUCAUACCUGUCAACAUCUAGCAUACGAGACCGAGCUAUCACAGAGGGAUGAAUUACUGGGGUCGGUUCCACAUACCCGCAGUACUAAAGCUUCGCUGAUACGAUGACCCUGACCUUUGUGUAUCCAGGAGACAGUUAAAGAAACAUUAUGUUUAUAAACAACAACAUAAUUUAAUGAAAUCAAUUAUAAAAUGGACUUUUUAAAUUAUUUACCUAACAUGUUCAAUAUUGCUGUACUGUGAUUUGAUUAACAAUGCUAUGCACAAUAAAAAUUCAGGAUUUUUAAUCAAUAGAAUUUCUUUUCAUUGAUACAUUUUGUUUUUUGUCAUUCUAUAUAAACAAUUUUUUUGAUGGAUUAACAUCUGUUAGUCACUUUUGCUGUUUGCACAUUGAAAAAAAACAACCAAGUUGGUCGUUGUUUGUUUUUUCAUACAAGUUUUAUUGAAAUAUUGAAUCUGAAGAACACUUAUGUAACCAAGACUUGAAAUAAUUGUACAGUCGUGUAAUAUGUUAUAUUAACUGUCAACACGAUGUAUGAACAUCAAGUAGCUCCUAGUUGUCCAUGUUUGUAGCCUGUCACAUAAAAUAGAACAUGUGUUUGUUUAUAAGAAUAUAAAUACUUUAAAUUAUUUUAUUACUUUUUAUGGAUUGUUUUAUAUAUAUUUUGACUGGUGUACAGUAAAUUGUAUUUUUUGUACAGAACUGAUAUCUGUGAUAUAUACAUUGAUUUGUUGUGGUCACGUGUUUCGGUGUUUGUACUAUUUUCAAGAUACAUUCAUUGCAUUUCUGCAAAAGAAAAAAAAUGCAUAUAAACAACUGCUGGGUAUUUUAAGUUGACAAAGUGAAGGACAAAGUCGGGGAAGUGAAGUAGGAAUUUUGUUUUAUAAGGUUUUACAUAACUGCUUUGUAUAUGAUCAUUUUAUGUGUAUAUACUUUUAAUGGAACAGUUGCCAAUGUGCUUAAGGUGUCAUUUAGACUCUUUGGUAGGUAGAAUUCUUUUACCCAAUAUUUUUUUUUUUAAGUCACUCAUAUUUUUUAUAUAUGACCAGGAGUGUUUUUGUAGUUUGGUUAAGUUAUUUUAAAGUUUUUUUUUUAUAAAUAAUUAAUAUAUUAAAAUAAAUAAUAUGUAUAUUUGGUAUUGUGUUACUAGUUGCAAUUGCUUGUAUAAUUAUCCCUUUUAGGCCCAAGUCUUACUUUCUUAUAGACGUUACUGUAGAUCUAAUAAUUUCUUAAUGCUUUAAGAUUGUGAACACAUUGUUUUCUAUUGUUUCAACCUAAUGGAUAAUACAUUUCACAUGUCCCAAAUGAAAUGGUAAUGGUACCUUUGCAAGGACAAAACAACUGUAAAUAAACAAACAAAAAAUAUGUUCUGAAUUAAUAUAUGGUACUGGAUAUGCUGUGAAGUCUUCUUUAAAAAGAAAUUAAUUUAUCAUAACCAGAUGACAUAAAUAAUGUUCCGACUUUGCUAUGAGGUUUAAAUAACACUAGAAUUUCCAAUUUUUGCUAUAAAAGCAGUUCUUGAAUAUCUCAAAUAAUUCAUUUUAGUCCUACAGGUGUGCCAACUUUGCUUUGGUACCAUCGUGAAUUCCAUUGUUUCUGUCUGUAAAACAGAGCUAGUAUCCGUAGAAUUGGCAACACCUGCAUUUUUGUAAUUUGUUGUUUUCAUGUCACCAGCAGUGAUGAUUCAGAUGCGUUGGUAUCUUAAUUGUUUAAAAAUUUGAAGUAAAUUGUUUUAAUUUACUGGUAAAUGUUUUAGCAAUAUUAUUUAAUCAAUAACAGUUUUUGCCUGAUAAAACCACAGCAUGCUUUUUUAUGGAAUAUUUCUUGGGAAAUUUUUUGAGGAUUAUGGUUUUGUUUGCUUAUUGGCAGAGUCAAUUUUCAGCAUGAAAAAAAAACACCAUAUUUAAAGUCUUUAAGUCGAUCUUCUAUUGACAGCUAGCAGUUUGAUAUCAAAACAUUGAACAUCUGGUAGAAUUUUUAUGCAAGUUUGCUGGAGUUGUUUUAAUGUUGCUUCAUUUGUUGAAUAAUAUUUUUUUUUCAGUAUUUUAUUGAUUUUAACUAAUUAACUUCUUUUUAACCCAUUGAUCAACUGUUAAAGAUGCUGAAUUUGUAAAAUACUAGCCGAGUUUUGCAAAAUAAUGCCUACACAUAAGGCUCAAUGUUAUCUGAUAACUUAUGAGUGUUUUAUCAAUCUGGCCUAUAAAAUGUCUGUUGGUAAACAUUUCUUUGGUAACUUGAUUUUUUUGGAGCUAUUCCUGUCUUUGCAUCAAUGUCUGCCGAUAUAUUUAUGGAGACAAUCGUCAAAGCAGACAUUUAAAUGUAAAUAAACAAUGCAAGAAAUGCUGACAGCUUUUUUCCUUCAAAGAAAUGUGUGUGCUUACAAAAGCUUGUUAAUAUUACUAAUAGGGAUUGACACAUACUUUGUGGAUUGUGAAUCAGUGCCAAAGUGAUUGUUUGAAACAGGAGAUGUCAACCAAUUUUGGAUUUUUUUUUUACAGAUUCAGCAUCUUUAAAAUUGAUGUAAUUCAGUUUGAUUUGAGAUGAAAUUUAAUUUCAUUUUAAACAAGGAUUGUAUUUAUUAUGUGAGUGUAUCUAUAAUAUAAUUGGUCUAAAAAUAAUUAUGGCAGAAUUGCUAGAUGAUUUGUACAAUAGUUUCACAGUGUUCUAAUAAAAUAAUAUAUAAAUUGCUUGACCUUAUUGUGAGCAAAAUUUUUUUUAACCCUUUGCAUGCUGGGAAAUUUGUCGUCUGCUAAAAUGUCGUCUUCUGAAUUUCUAAAAUUAGCAUUUUCUUCGAUUUUUUUCAAAGAAUACUAUCAGAACAGCAAACAGUUUGGCUCCUGAUGAGACGCCACUUUUUGUGGCGUCUCAUCUGGAUCCAAACUGUUUGCUAAGGCCUUCAAAAUUCGGUUCCAGCACUGAAAGAGUUAAACAGGUGUUUGUGCCACACCAAAAAAGGAACAUGAUAAAAUAAAACUGAAUGUUUUACACAAGCGUUAUUGCCCAGAAGUUGUUCUUUUCACCUACUGUUAAGAAUUAUAGAGACAUUGCAUGUAUAUGUUUAUAUAUAAAGAGUCACAAAUCAUGAGCAUAUUUUUUAAUAACACGUGGUAAUUGUAGAGUUGUAUUUUCUUUUUUUAUCCACAAUUAUUUUAGUUGAAAUAGAAUGAAUAAGCUUCUCAAAUAAAAUGAUAUUAGUUCA